AUGAUCGACGAUGCUGAAUGUGGUCCUUAUUCAGCAUCCUGUGACACUUUAAGGAUCGCGCAUCUUCAGGCUCCCAACAUCUCGGUUAUUGCGACCGAAAAAGGAGGUCAUGUUUCAGAGCAACUGUCACCUAGAUCAGAGGCUGAAUUCUUCUUCAUCUCCGAAAGCGAGGGAAGAGUUGAGGAAGCUUAUGUCGUCGUCUCUCCAAGCCAAUACUUUGAAGGCAACGAUGGAUUGUGGUCGACAUUUGCAAUGCGUGUUGGAAACCCACCGCAGAAUGUCCGAUUUCUCCCAGGUACAACGUCUACCUCUGCAUUGGUAGUCCUACCAGAAGGUUGUCUCGGAGCCUCCACCGAAUGUGAGAGCACAAGAGGUGGCAUUUUCAAAACAAACCAGUCGUCCACAUGGAGUGACGUGGGAAUUUAUGGACUGGGCUUUGAAAACAAUCUUGGCUAUACAGACAAUGGCCGAUUUGGCUAUGAUACCAUCAGUUUAGGAUACCAAGGAAGUGGCAAUCCAACCAUAAACCAUACAAUCGUCGCCGGAAUCGCUGGUUCCAACUUUUGGUUCGGGCAGCUCGGUCUGAGUCCGCAACCCACGAACUUCACAGAUCUCAACAAUCCGAAACCAAGCUUCAUGAUGCUUUUGAAGCAGCAGAACCAGAUCCCGAGUCUCUCGUACAGCUACACAGCUGGUGCGAAGUAUCGACUAAAGGAAGUUCUGGGAAGCUUGGUACUAGGCGGAUAUGAUGCAAGCAGAUCAAGAUCUAGCGACUUAUCCUUCCGGUUUGCUAGCGAUCAAUCAAGGGACUUGACUGUAGGAUUGCAAGGACUGUUUACCAACGCGACGGGAGCUAAUACCAGUUUGAUAAAUGCUGGUAUCAACAUAUUCAUCGACUCGUCUAUCGCUGAACUUUGGUUGCCACUGGAUGUCUGCACGGCGUUUGAAGCCGCGUUCGGAUUGACGUUCAAUAGCACAGCUGGUUUGUAUCUUGUCAACGACACUCUGCAUUCCCAGCUUCUGACACAGAACCCUACUGUAACUUUCAAAAUCGGUGACAUGGCGACGGGAGGAGCAACAGUCGAUAUUGUGCUUCCGUACCAAAGCUUCGACCUGAAAGCUUCUUUCCCAGUCGUCGCUGGUAAUUCAAGUCGAUACUUUCCGUUGCGGAGAGCAGCAAAUGAUACACAGUAUACCCUCGGGCGGACAUUUCUCCAGGAAGCUCAUCUAAUCGUGGAUUACGAGCGAAAGAACUUCUCAGUGUACCCAUGUACCUGGGAAGUAAACUCUCCAGAGCGUAUCGUUACCAUUCCACCAUUACGAGCCACGGACAAUUCCACCAUGUCUUCAAUCGACGGUGCUCCCAAACGUCAUGGCUUCAGCCAAAAGAAAAUCGCUGGAAUAGUCAUCGGGAUCCUCGCAAUCAUCAGCAUACUCGCAGCCACAACUUGGUUCUUUUUGAUCCACAAGCGACGCGAUGACCCUAAUAACGACGCUUCAGCUCACAGUAGCAUCGAAGUAGUGAUUAUCGAUCAACAAGCGACGACCGAAGUCGAAGGGGAAGCGAAAUAUGAGGCUGAAGGAGAUGCCAGGUUUGAUCCAUUGGCAGAAAUGGAACCGCAGGAUACAUUUGAAGCAGAAGGGAAUUUCAAAUUCCUGCCGGGCGAGGUGAUGGGAGUGUUGCCAAUAUAUGAGCUGGAAGGGAGCUCGGUUGAGGAGACAUAUGUGGAAUAUCCAUUGGAUUUGAAAGAGGGUAAUUGGAUAUAA